UGAGCAGAACGAAAGAAUAAAUGUUAGUUUGCCCGAAGCUAGCUUCAGUUCGCAGACUACUGGCCAAAUCAUAAAAAGACUUCUUUGUGAGCUGAAAGCGGUGACGUCAAACGGGCUCCCAUAAAGACAUAAAUUCAUAGUUUAGCGAGAACAACACAGCAGUGGGAGGAUUAGUCGCUGUGUCCUCCUCCAUUUUUUUUAACUUGCAUAACUAAUGAGCCUUAAAUCCUUGAUAACUUAGCCAGGAAGGCUGACUGCUCCCCCAUUUAAACGUGCUAGGCAAACGGCAUAACUUGACAACAUAAGAGUGAAUGUAGCUAACGUGCCUUUUAAAAAAAAAAAAAAAAUUAAACAUACAUUUUCCAAACAAAUAUCAUGUUGGAGAUGCUUGAAUACAGUCACUACCAGGUGCAAUCCCAUCUGGAAAAUCCCAGCAAGUACCACAUCCAGCAGAACCAAAGGCAGCAGGUGAGACAGUAUCUGUCCACUACCUUGGGAGGCAAAGCCGGCGGCCAGUGCCCCGGCCAGCCGGCCGAACACGGCAUGCCACCCGGGCUCGGCAGCAGCGCCCCCAACAGUCCCAUGGCUCAUCUCACCCUCACCUCAAACUGUGAGAAAGAGAUGGAUGAAGUUAUUGACGAUAUCAUCAGCAUGGAGUCAAGUUACAACGAAGACGUUCUUGGACUGAUGGAUCAAGGGCUUCAACUUAACAGCGCGCUACCAGUGUCUGGUAAUCUUCUGGAAGCAUACGGCAACCAAGGACUGCCCCACCCGGGCCUCGCCAUCAGCAACUCCUGCCCACCAAACAUCAAAAGGGAAUAUACAGCUCCUGGCAUGAAGCAAGUACUGGGCAAACCUGGACCCUGUGGCCGGUACGAAAACUAUCAGAGAUCAGAUGGCUUUCCAGUAGAGGCUGAGGUUCGCGCGCUGGCCAAAGAACGACAGAAAAAGGACAAUCACAACUUGAUCGAGCGAAGGCGCCGAUUCAAUAUCAACGAUCGUAUCAAAGAACUCGGAACCCUAAUACCAAAGUCAAACGAUCCGGACAUGCGCUGGAAUAAGGGCACCAUUCUGAAAGCUUCCGUGGACUAUAUCAGGAAACUCCAACGGGAGCAGCAGAGGACCAAAGAGCUUGAGUGCAAACAGCGCAAGCUGGAGCAUACGAAUCGUCACCUGAUGCUUCGUAUCCAGGAGUUGGAGGUCCAAGCCCGCGCUCACGGUCUCACCGUCGUCUCGUCCCCGUCGGUGUGCACCUCAGAGAUGAUGGGUCGGGUCAUCAAGCAGGAGCCCCUCCUCGAUGACUGCGCUUCGGAGCUCUACCGUCACGCCUCGGCUCCUGACAUGUCCCCUCCGACCACGUUGGACCUCAACAAUGGCACCAUCACCUUUGACCCCAUUCCCAGCGACACUGGGGAUUCUGGCCCGUACGGAAACCCCAGGACCUGUAAAAUGAAGGAGUUGGUCAGGGAUAAUACAUUGUCACCCAUUUCCCCAAGCGACCCGUUACUAUCCUCCAUGUCUCCAGACGGCGCGGUUAGUGCCCACCACAGUUCGAGUUCUAGAAUGGAGGACAAGGGGUGUCCCUGUUAGCUUAGCCUUGCGCUCACCGACUUUGCAUUUGUCGCUUCUCAGCAACGAGGCACACAUUUUCAUGAGCCAUCAAAAUGGUCUUUUUGGAUUAUAAAACGUGUGGCUCCGUUUAGAGCAGGGAUGCGCAAUUUGCUGUCCUGGAGAGCCCCCCGAUUGCAACAACUAGGGUCAUUCAUUAUUAGGCUUCUGCAAAGCGUGCUGAUCAUUUGAAUCAGGUGCGUUGGAGCAGGGAGACAUCUCAAACGAGCUGGAUAGAGGCUCUCUGGGACCGGGGACUUGGCCACCCCGCAUUUAGAGCAAGAUAAGGUACGCUGGUUUAAUUCCACUGCUGCCCCGCAGCAAACAGGCACCGGUUGCGAUCUGGGUUGAAACCACGGCUUAUACGGCCUUUCUGGGCCUUUGUUGUCCCUUUUCCACCGGUUCCGGGCCACUGGCCAGGUUAGCACCAGCUCUUUCUUUUUCCACCAACCGAAAAUAGGCUGGAGCUCUGGUGCUUGAAACUGGUCU